GGGGGGGGGGGAGAAAUUCCCUCCUCUCCCGGUGACGUAAUGACGUGAGCCGACCGGGAGCUGUGCGUGGCGACGCCCGCGUUCCCCGUCCCGCCGCCGCCACCGCCACCGCCAUCUUGUGACCCCCCCCCCCCGCCCGCUGGGGGGUGAAGGCGAGAGCGAAGUGAAAAGUACUGGAGCGGCGGACAGCGGCCCGGCCUCAACCCUCACCUCCAGCCCGGUUAACGCCCGGCGAGGUCAAUGAAAACAAGAUGGUGGACCGCUUAGCAAACAGUGAGGCAAAUGCUCGACGGAUUGGCAUGGUUGAGAGCUGUUUUGGAGCAGCUGGGCAACCCCUGACCAUACCUGGCCGGGUGCUCAUAGGUGAGGGAGUCCUUACAAAACUUUGUCGAAAGAAACCAAAAGCCAGGCAGUUUUUCUUGUUCAACGACAUUCUUGUCUAUGGUAAUAUCGUCAUCCAAAAGAAGAGGUACAACAAACAGCAUAUAAUUCCAUUGGAGAAUGUUACAAUUGAUUCCAUUGAAGAUGAUGGUGACCUGCGUAAUGGCUGGCUCAUUAAGACUCCAACCAAAUCCUUUGCUGUUUAUGCUGCUACAGCUACUGAGAAAUCGGAGUGGAUGAAUCACAUUAACAAGUGCGUUUCUGAUUUGCUGUCCAAAAGUGGGAAAAUACCCAGCAACGAGCACGCUGCAGUCUGGGUGCCCGAUUCCGAGGCGAAUAUAUGUAUGCGUUGUCAGAAAGUCAAGUUCACUCCAGUCAGUCGUCGACAUCACUGCCGCAAAUGUGGAUUUGUUGUGUGUGGGCCCUGUUCAGAAAAAAGGUUCCUCUUACCGAGCCAGUCUUCCAAACCCGUGCGUGUGUGCGCUUUCUGCUUUGAUCUCCUUUCCACUGGACAACUGACUGCAACUCUUCCAAAUCGCUCUGAGUUUUAUCGCGGGUCACUGCAGUCCCCUAGAAAUUUAUCUGACGAAGAUGACGAUGACGACAGCAGUGAUUAAACGUGAAAUGUCAGCGUUGGUAUUUAAGUAAUGGGAGUACAGCUUCAAAUGAACUGCUCUUGAGGUCUAUUAACUUCCCUCAGUGUUUCUCUUGUGACGUUAGCCAUAGACUAUACCUGCAAACCUUAAAACAAAACCUGUGCCUAAAUGUUCAAUAUACUAAUGGUAUCCUCCUCUACUUCUACAGGGAUGCAUUGCUGGCGUCAAAUUAUCAUUCUUAGGCUUGUUGUAACCAUUGAUCACUUUUCUAGUUACUUGAUUUUUUUUUGCAGUAUCUAAAAAUAAAUAAAUCUAAUUGCCCUCAGUUUGUAUUAUUAUUUUAUUUUCCCUAAAGUUCGCAAUGAAAUGCCCUGUAAAUAAAAGCCCCCUCAAAUACAGCUGUGCAAAGGAUUUCCAAACUUUGCAAUUUGAUUUAAGAGGAGCAGGAUGUAAAGCACAAUUUUUCAAAGUAAACUUCGGAUUGUCGAAUUUGUCCAAUUCUACACACUGGAUUCUUCGUGCUUUUUAGUUAGUGUACCGAGCAUUGAUUAUAUUGUUCUGUAAGGCAAGUAAGUGACUAGGAUGUGCAAACAUGGGAACGUUUAUUUUCUGGCGCCCCCCCCCCGAGAUAGUGUCUUGUUCCACGUAGUUAUAUACACAUUUUAAAGAGCUCCGCUGAAAAUGGCGAGAGGAUGAUUUAGUCUGCUUUUGUAUUCGGUUCUGAAACCCUUCCACAAAAUGCUAUAGAGCUUACUAACAGUAGUCAUAAAAGCAAGAUUACUUUUGAAAAUAUUAAGGAUGUUUUAAUAUUAAAUCUUCAGUAUUUAUGGAACAAUUUUGGCGUUUCGAGUCACUUGGCUUUAACUUGUUUGAGUGAAAAUCCAAAGUAAUUUUCCAGUUCACCUCAAAAGAUCACUUUUGUGCACCAAUCCUCCCAAUUCUUGAACAUUUGUCAAUGGGAGAGGAAUUGAUCAUUUUUGAUGAGAUGUUGGCACCUUAUUUGUAUAAUGAUUUUGUCACUCAGUUCGUCCCUGUGCAUUAGUCCUUUGGCUGUGGUUUUCAGGCUUGAUGCUGCAGCAAAUGUUUAUUAAUCGAGCUACAUUAAACAAUGGAAUCUUUAUUGUCUCGUUAUACAAACCGGUAGAAAAACUAGAAAGAUUGUGAGUGAGUUGAUUUCCACUGUGUUCAGGAGCUAUCUGUUUGUCAGUGCUACUUUAAUGAUCACAGAUUUGAAGUACUAGGAUUUCUAAUUACCAGUGUGAUCCAGUUGUACAUUUGCUUCAGCAUCUGUUACCUGACUAUUUAUGUAGUCGGAUUAAGCCAAGCAUUUGAAGGUUCGUCGAUUUUGCUUCAAACAUUGAUUGAAUGGUUAAUCGUACUUAUUGAUGUGUUGGUGUAUUAUUGCGGAAAUAAUUUGCUAAGGAGGUUAAAUGCAUGGUUAAGAGGCUGCAGAUGGUGGAAAUCUGAAAUAUCACAAAAUGCAAAAAAGUGCUUCAGGCAACACCUGUGAAGUUGAUGUUUGCCAGCCUGAAAUGUUAGUUCUGUUUCUCUUUCCACAGAUGCUGACUGGCCUGCUGAUUUUUUUUUUCUGAUCUUCUGUGAUUUUUAUUAUGAGCAAUUUGGUUUUGGUGGUGGUUGAUAAGUGAGAUAAUGUGAAAUUGACAAUUUCCUUACGAGCCACAACUUGUCUUGACGUAACGGUAAAGCAAGGAAAACGGAUUGUUUCCCCACUGGUAAUGCCUUGCAUGGAGUUUCCUGUAAAUUGUUUUUAUAGCGUCAGCAUAAUCUCAUGCAGAACUGUUCUAUCACUUUUAAUUUUGUAAACGUCAAAUUUACUUUAAAAAAAAAAAAAAAAAAAUUUAAAUCAAACAUUUUAAAAUAGUGCUGUAAUGUUUGUCAAACCACUUGUGUUUAUCACAUUCCUGCGUUGUAUGCUACAUGUUCAGUGAAAAUCCAAUCCAUUAUAUGUCUUGUAUGAACAUGGUAGCUGUUUUAAUGAGAUGAAACAUUUGCGACAAACGGCAAUGACGACAGUCUUCAAACGUGAGUUCUAUAAUAUAUUUGUUUUUAACACUGGUUUUUAUCUCCAGUGACCUGGUCUAACUAAUCGCUCUCCACCAUCAUAAUGUGGUUUACUUUGUGGUAGCAUCAAAAGAGCGCCUAAAACUAGUGUUAAAUCGGCUCAGAUCUUAUAUCCCCGUGCACCUUUGACCAAACGAAAGUGGUGAUUCACAUUUCUGACCCACUGCUAAACCACUUGCUCAGUUUACAUUGGGUUGGGUUUAUGGGUUGCACGAUGCUACAAUUAGCUGUAUUUGUAUCUAGCCCUUGAGAAGAUAAGAAAGCUAACCAACGGUUGGUAUUCUCAGUUUUACAUGUGCUACAUUUUGCUGGAAGAUGAAACCUGCUCAUUGUUUUUACUUGAUGGGUUAAAAUUCCUUUUGGCUCCUUUUACCAUUACGUAGCUGGGUAUAUUUCCUUCAUUCUUAUGGUAGAACAGUUUUGUUUAAUAAUGUGGUAUGGAAUAUAAUUGUUUUAAUAGUUAACUAAUAUUUCCCCGAUUUU